CGCAGUUGCCCUCUCCUCACGUCACAGCACUUCAUUUUCCACACCUCCGCUUUUCCACUACGUAGUUCCCGCGGCCGCCAACUGUUCGCUCGAAUCUACUUGUAUAACGAGUUUGAAGCCCCCCCUCUUUCUUAUCCUGCUUGGCCUUAUCGCCUCCCCCUAGUCCUAGUCUGAAGCUAUGGCGUCAUACUUCGAUGUGAAGCCACGCCCCAAGCACACCACCACUCUCCAAGCUGUCGAAAACAAUGACGGGUCCCCCCGACCGAGUCUCCUGUCUCCCCAAGUCUCGCGCAUCAUCGACGAGCUCGGUGACGAUUCUUCUUCUUCAUCCAGUGAUUCGGAUUCCUCAGACGAGACAAUCAAGCGGAAACCCGCUUCUACCAAGAAAACAGCCAAACGGGUGGCAAGUCCCCAUCAGGCCACACCUUCGUCGUCGUCAAGAAGUCCAAGCGGAACCCCCACUGGAAAUGCUCCCUUGCCACGCUUGAAACGACAUCCUCGUCUAGAGAGAUUUGUCUCGCUUCGAAGUUCACUGUUCUCGUCGCACAUUGCGGAAAAGGUGUCCAAGUGCGAGGCAGAGCAGAAAUCCGAUAUGGCAACUCAACACGAGCCACGCAAGAGUUCGAGACUGGCGAGCGGAGGCGAGACUCCGCCUGCGGAUAUUGAGCGACCUGAAAGAAAGCCGCUGGUGCACAGGAUGGGCGACACACUGCGGAGGAUUACUAGUAGAGAUGCUCCGACGGUGCGGAAGGGCAAGGAAGAAGAGAGCGACACCGGUGGCUCGAAGGUGAGGCGGGAUUCCGCAAUGACUCCCGGGGAGGAACAUCAGAAGCGCGAAUUAGGAGACAGGAAUGACAGUGGUGAAGAGGAUCGGUGUCUGUCAGAAUCCCAUAUAGAGGGUUUAGUGCGCUUGGUGAGCGCUAGUGAUUCCGCCUCCAGUCCCAAGGGUCAACCCCAAGACUCGCCGCUCUCCGGGCAAUUCCAAGAACCAGCGGAGGGGCCACGAGGACAGGGCGUGAGAAAGAAGGACGCAGAUGACAAGGCACAGCAAAUGUCAACAGAGGCGGAUAAAGCAGAACAUCGCGAUUACGACGACAUCUCGACCGAAUCCGAUUCCGAAGGCGGCGACUCGGCCCUCGACUACGAGGAUGUUGAGGAGCUCGUACAAUGGGUCAGCAGAAGCAACGAUCCCAACGCGGAGCCAGGAGACCCUAUAAUUAACAGACAAGCUCUCGGACGGAAUUUCCUUGCGCAGCGCUAUGUCGAUAAUUUAACGGAGGAAACGAACACGCCCGACAUGGAGCGGUCGAUCCUGCACGAGGACGAAGCGAGUCCCAUGUCCGAAAUGGAGCAGACGCGCGGCAGGAUGACCGACGAGUAUUCGCUUGCCACAACACAGGAUGACCGUCCGCGGCUGGAUGAGUCUACUGGACUUGCACGGGCAAAGAAGUCCGGGGUGUCGCCGGCGGAUGACGAGGCACUGAGACAGGCGGCGAUAUUGAAGUGGAAGCUGGAGAAGGAAAGGCAGCAGCGAUCUGGAAAAGUGGAUGUGACGCAUCGUGGGAGCUUGACGGAGAAGGAUAUCGAGGAGCUGGUCAAACGUGCGCGGGAAGAGCUGAAAUCGAAAUCGGGGGAAGAGCAGAAGUAAUGAUAUGUUCACGCGGCAUGCCCCAGCAUUUUUGUUGGCUGUCGAGGGGGAGUCGAAGGCACUUUCACUUCUGGCAAACGCCUCUUGUAUAUUUUACUGCUUUACUUUUAUGCAGAACGUGAAUCCGCGUUUUAUAAAAAAUUCUUUGAAGUUAAGCUGCCAUGAUAUCUCGUAUGUACAUAAGAUCGACAAUUCCAUACCU